CGUGUUUUGUUUUCCCAAGGUCGAAGCUUUCGGGACUGCGACGAAUACAAUUUCAUUCGAUCGUGUAAUGGAACAAAUGGAGGUGCAGAAUAUCCAAAGUUUUUUAAUUAAUGACGAUGAUAUAUCAGGACAUGCAAUUAACCAGGCAGCUGUGUUUGUAGAAGAUGCAGCACAGUAUAGAUCAAUUAACCACAAAGUUGACAGCAAGUCACUGUGGAUGUACAGGUGGUACUACAGCAAACCUGUCAGAUGGGGAUACACAUUUAUCAUCUUCCUCUACUUGAUGCUGGCAUUUGUAGAAAAGCCUUCUUCUUUGACGCUAUCAUCUGAUCCUCGGUUUCGUGGAAAGAGACCUAACCCUCCUUGUGGAGUCACAGAGAGUUUUGAAAUCAUCUUCCUUCUUUGUUUUGUCUUUGACUUGGUUGUCAAGGGUCAUGUGCUGGGAAGACAGGAAGUCAUCAAGAACAGAUGGCUUCUGUCAUAUUGUGGGGUACUCAUAAUCUCCUUCAUAGAUGUUUUUAUCUCACUCAGUUCAGGCUGUAAACUGCGUGUCAGGAUUCACCGCCUUUUCAGACCAUUCUUUCUGAUACAAAACUCUUCUUUAAUGAAAAAACUGUUGCAUGCAAUAAAGAGAACAGUACCAGAAAUUCUCAGUGUGCUGUUUCUUCUUCUUCUUCACCUGUGGUUCUUUGCCAUGUGUGGUAUGCUUCUGUUCCCACAGGCAUCAAGACAUAACAGCACCCUUGUGAGUUACUCGUGUAGCGACCGCAAUAAUGAUUCAGCCAGUGGUGCAGCUUGUGAGGGUUCUGAAUUUUUCCCAAAGCUGGAAAUAUCUCUGAGGAGUCUUUUGGUUCUGUUGACUACAGCUAAUAACCCAGAUGUGAUGAUGCCUGCUUACAUGAAAAACAGAUUCUACGCAAUUUUUUUCAUAACUUUUACAAUAAUUGGUCUUUACUUCUUCUUGAAUAUGUUAACGGCUGUCAUAUAUAACCAGUUUAGAGGAUACCUGACCAGUUCGCUUCAAGCAAGUUUUUUUCGUCGAAGAGUUGGAAUCAGAGCUGCAUUUGAGGUUCUUCUUAAAAUUCAAGAUCAAGAUGGCGAUGUGCCAUUAGGACAUGUAAGCACAGCUGACGCCAAAAAGGUCAUCGAAAAGGCAAACAUUGGCAGAAGAGCCAGUCAAGUCGUAUUGUUGCGCCUGGCUAAAAACACCACAGGUCACCUUAAUGCGAAGCAAUUUCAAGACUUGUUUGACGCACUUGACCAAGUAACCAGACGUCGAAUUAGACCUCCCAUGAGUUACGUGGAGAAUCCUCUGCUGAGAAAGAUUCAAAUUAUUGUAUCUAGCAGAUGUUUUGACUACGCCGGGGAUUUAAUGUCUGGGGUUAACGUGCUUCUUGUUUCUAUCCUUCUGGACUUUGAAUACGACAAGACUUGGAAAACAAACAACUCUCAUUUAUCAAUUGUUAACUUCUUUUUCGUGCUAUACUAUACUAUUGAACAGAUCGUAAAACUGUGGGCUAUUGGUUGGCAAAGAUAUCGUUCAUCCUUAGUUGAUAUCUAUUGUGGUGUUGUUACCCUCCUAUUGGUGGCCCUUGAGAUUGUCCAUGUCUCUAUCUUUGGCCCUCCUUUCUCGAGCUCAUCAAAUAGUCAACCUCUACACAAUCUAGAAAGUAUCUUCUCCUUAGCGAACAUGAUACGAGUAAUCAAUAUGUUGAUUAUCUUCAGACUUUUGAGAAUAGUUCCUAGCAUCAAGUCUCUUUCCCUCAUUGUUGAAACACUGAUAAAAUUAUUAAAACACUUGCGGCCUUUUGGUGGCAUUAUAGUGGCCUCUUAUUAUGUGUUUGCCAUAUUGGGAAUGAUGCUCUUCGAAGGCGUGACCAGUCCGUCAGCUGUCGGUGCUGAAAAAACAAGAAUUCUUUCUCAAAAGUGCGGUUCUUUUGACCAGUUGCAGUACUACGCCAACAAUUUUGACGAUUUUGGGGCAGCUUUGGUUGUACUGUGGGAUCUGAUGGUAGUGAACAAUUGGCAUGUAUUUCUUAAAGAGUACGCCGCAGUCGUGAGUAGUUGGUCACAACUAUAUUUUGUUGCCUGGUAUCUUAUCUCAGUUAUUCUCAUCAUUAAUCUGUUUAUUGCCUUGAUUCUCGAGGCAUUUAUCAGUCAAUGGGAGACGAAACAGCAAAGAAUGAGACAAAACGAUGGAAUGAGGACGCUUGAGACCGAAGCGACAUCACACGUAGGUAACCGUUUUCAUCAACUCUUUAGCGCCGACUUAGUUGAGCCGACUGAGGAAGAUUUAGUGAUUGAAUUGUCAGGACACCACCAUUAUAGAUUUAAUGUUCAAGGCUCAAGCGAAAUGUCUUGCGGACGACCGUUUCAAUCAUUAUAGGCUAUGCUUGGUUGACCCAAAUGAGGGAAAUCUGCCGAGUGAAAACAGUAAAACGGUUGUACCGCUCACUUGAGGAGUGUUUAUAUUCACACGUUUCCAAAUUCGUCUGUUUCUUCGUCUUGUGUACGUGCAACGUAAGGAUGCCAUCUUAGAUUGGCGAAAAUUACGUCAACACUACUUGUUUUCGUUCCUUAUCAACUGCGUCGGUUACCCGCUCGUGGCACCCUUCAUAUAACAUUCUUGGACGGUAACUAAUACCCCAUUCGCACCAAAGAUUAAACGUGUUUUAAGGCUGUUUUGUUAAACACGUCUAAAUUUGUUUUUCAUAGAAGCUGCUGACACCGAUGUUUGUCGACUUCAAAUUUAGUACAUUAAAAAUGCAAGUUAGCGACUAUUAGAAACUUUUGAAAAAUUCAUUUUUUUCAGUGCUCAGUUUUUGGUUUUUAUUCAGUUAAACCUGGUUUGACUAAAUUUCUUUUGCUGGUGUGAAUGGGCUGUAAGUAUUCACAUUUUUUCCCAAUUGAUCAAAGUUCCCAUAUAAGUUGAGACGGUGAAAGGCGUGCCCCGUCUUUAAGAAAAUCUUUUACUUCAAAAGCAUAUUUUGUAUGCACCUGAGUCUUUAAACGUAGUCUUGAAGUUAUUAUUUAGCACCCCCCCUCCCCACCUCCCUCCCGUUGAUUUAAAACUGCAAGGAAACGUAUGGUUUUGACCAACGAAAGUACUGUUAAAUUUUAUUCUUUUCCUACUGAUAAGGCGACCUGCAUAAGAAACCUUUGGAGGUAUCUUAAUCGCAGGUUAAUUACUAACAGGCUAUGAAAAGAUGUAAGCUGGCCUUUUUAUUAAAGUUAAGCACUUUAAAAAGUUUUGCGAAACCGAAUUCAAAUGCACCUUGAACCAGCCAAACGAUUAACCAACUGAGCAUUUUAAACCUAUAAUAUCACUUUCUGACGUUUUUCCAAUUCAAUACUAUCCUUUAGAUAAUUUAGGAGUGUUAAGAAUUCGAUAGGGCUCUAAUGUACAAAUCAAAAUUUUUUUGCAAGGCUGUAAAUAAACUAUUGCUAUGGUUUA